CCCUGACGUCGGAGGCGCUCGGCCCGCCGCUCCCCCGCGCCUCGCGCCUGCCCGGGGCCGCAGACGGCCAGCAGAGCAGCCCAGCCGAGCUUCGCGGGGCCGCCCCAGCCCGAGGACCCCGGGUCUGUGACCCCCGAGGCCCUCAACCCCCUCCCAGGACCCCCAGGAGGACGCGCCGCGCUCCCCGCUAACGCUGCGCGCGUUCCAGGGCUCUGGACGUCACGGGCACCAUGCUUUGGGUCCUGGUGAGGGCUGUCCUCCCUGUCAUGCUGCUGGCUGCCCCACCACCCAUCAAUAAGCUGGCCCUGUUUCCGGACAAGAGUGCCUGGUGCGAGGCCAAGAACAUCACACAGAUUGUGGGCCACAGCGGUUGUGAGGCCAAGUCCAUUCAGAACAGGGCGUGCCUGGGACAGUGCUUCAGCUACAGCGUCCCCAACACCUUUCCGCAGUCCACAGAGUCCCUGGUGCACUGUGACUCCUGCAUGCCGGCCCAGUCCAUGUGGGAGAUUGUGACCUUGGAGUGUCCCGGCCACGAGGAGGUGCCCAGGGUGGACAAGCUGGUGGAGAAGAUUGUGCACUGCAGCUGCCAGGCCUGCGGCAAGGAGCCCAGUCACGAGGGCCUGAGCGUCUACGUGCAGGGUGAAGACGGACAGGGCUCCCAGCCUGGACCGCACCCCCACCCCCACCCUGGUGGCCAGACCCCUGAGCCCGAAGAACCUCCUGGAGCCCCUCAGGUUGAGGAAGAGGGGGCUGAGGACUGAGGGCCUCCAACUCUUCCUCCCCUCUUGUCCCCUGUGGAAUGUCGGGUCCCACCCUCCAGGGAAGAGGGAGGGGAGAGGUGGAAGUCCCCCCCACCCCCUUUGGCACUGGAUGGACUUGGAAUGCUGCCCGGUUGUCAUAGAGAUCCGAAGGGAGGGGCUGUAGCUAAGCUGCACAAUUUAAUAUAUGCAAGAUGGGGGGAGGAAGCAGACAUUCUCAGGCCUCUUUUUUGGAAGGUGAAGUGUGGAGCUUCGCUUUCUAGAGAUGGGUCCUUGGGAUGGAGAGGAAGUGGGCUGAGCUGCUGAGAAUGAGCAAGACCCUCAAACAGGCAGGCCCAGGCCAGGGUCCACACAACUCCUGAUGGGGCAGGAUCCCCAGGGAUGGGCAAGAGGGUGGGUACCAUGACAGCAUCCUCUUUGCAGGAGGGUCUGAGCUGGGAAGACUGUCCUCCAGCCCCUGUAGGCCUCCUUCACCUCCCACCUCCAGGAAAGCAUCCCCUUCGUUGGGGUGGUUUAGGGGUCAGGCUGGGGCAGGAUCCCCCCUGACUCAGGUGCCAGAGCAUCAUUGAAGAAGAAAGCCCAUCCUUCCUGUCUCUCUCCCUCCAGAGAUCUUAGCACUGUGCCUGCCAUGUUCUGGACCCUUUGGGAUGCAGAAGCAGCCAGUCCCACCCGUUGGGGCGGGUCUUUCUGAACAAGGUGAUGCUUCGUUGAUUUCCAUCACCUGGGAUCAUAGUGGACAGGAGGCCCCUCGCGUAGGGCCCCUGCUGACCUUGACUUUCUCUAGCUCCCCAUUCUUCCCUCUCCUCCCGUCUGCACUUUAACCCUAGGGCAGGGCAGGUAGUGAGGAAGAGCACUCUGUCUCUGAUGUGUGGGCACCAUUGUUUGUGUCCGGGGGGGCUGCUAGCUCACCCCCUACUUGGGGGUGCCCCAGCCCAUGGCUGUUUGACGAGAGCCUUCAAGCUUGUAACCAGUAGCCCAUUUUCCCCCGAACCCAAGUAUUUUCAUGAAUAAAUACCUUCAAUGCCUCCA